AUGGUUGCCUUGGUAACCGUGCGCCAAAAUGAUUCGGAUGGAGCUGUGGGUCCUGAUGUUGAAAAAAAUCAUCCUAAGCCUGGAGUAAAAUCAAAAGAUGAAACAGAAGAAAAAUUACAACCGGAAAAAAAGCUAACAGUUUUAGAAACACAUGGAUACACUUUAGGAAAAACAAUUGGAACAGGAUCAUAUGCAACAGUAAAGGUAGCACGAUCAGAAAGACAUGAUUGCCUUGUGGCAGUGAAAAUCGUAUCAAAAUUUCAAGCUCCUGCAGAUUAUUUAAAAAAAUUUCUCCCCAGAGAAAUAGAAGUCGUUAAAGGAUUGAAACAUAUAAAUUUAAUAAGAUUUUUACAAGCUAUAGAAACCACACACAGAGUCUACAUAAUAAUGGAAUAUGCUGAAAAUGGAAGUUUACUUGACGUAAUAAGAAAAGAUCAGUAUAUAGACGAAGUUAGAGCCCGAAAAUAUUUCAGACAAUUAAUAGACGCUGUGGAUUAUUGUCACGAAAGAGGAGUGGUGCACAGGGACAUAAAAUGUGAAAAUCUUUUAAUGGAUCAUGAUAACAAUGUUAAACUUUCUGAUUUUGGAUUUGCAAGAGGUCACAUGCGCAUAAAAAAUGGAGUCGCGCCAUUAAGUGAUACCUUUUGUGGUAGCUAUGCUUAUGCCUCACCUGAAAUAUUAAAAGGUGUACCAUACCAACCUCAACUCUCAGAUAUAUGGUCCACUGGUGUCGUUCUUUAUGCCAUUGUAUACGGUAGAUUACCGUUCGAUGAUACUAAUUAUAACCAACUUCUAAAACAAGUACAGAGUAAAAUUUCAUUUCCCAAAGAACCUAAAAUAUCAGCUAAUUGUAAGUCGCUUAUAACUAAAAUUUUGGCUCCGGUAAAAUUUCGACUGAAAAUUCCCGCCAUACGAUCGGAUCCAUGGUUUGUUCAAGGACCAUCAGAUUCUUCUGCAAACGGCCCUCAAGGAUCGGAGGAUACAAUUCCAUCAACCAGAUCUGAUCGAUCGUCCAGUGAUGGUACCCCAGUACAGUUGGUAACCAAAGAAGCUCUUAAAGCUAAUUCUAGUAAGCCGGAUAAAGUACGAAGUUCAACAGAAGAAUAUCCUUUAGAAACGACGGGUCCACGUACUAGAAGCAAUAGCAGAGUCACCGAUUGA